AUGACUACAGGAUUUAAGCAUGCUAGACAGGUUAAAAGCGCGGUUCGAGGCGCUGUCCAGUCAAUUGCUAUUGAUAAACUGUCUCAUGUGAAAUUGAGCCAAGAACAGACGCUUUUGCGAGAGAAAGUGCUGGCCUUUACCAGGAAGCAUUUGAAGAAUUACAAUACUGGCGAUGAGCCUGCUAUGUUUGUGAUCCAAGGAGACGCUGGGACAGGUAAAUCAGUAGUGUUGAACUCGCUGUUCAACGAGAUUCAGCGGUUGUCGAGCGUCAGCGAGGAUAAUGAUGUACUCUUUCGCACUAGAAACUACCUUGUCGUUAACCAUCCCGAGAUGUUGAAGCUGUAUUUGAGAAUUAGCAAGGGCUUUAAGUACAUAGCUCGAUCCUCUCUGGAGCGUCCAACCUCGUUGAUCAAUGCGUUGCAAAAGAAGAAGGAACUCGCCGAUGUUGUUAUAGUGGAUGAAGCGCACCUGUUGGCGACAUCGAAGGAUGCUUUUAAGAGAUUCUAUGGUGAUAACCACCUGCAGGAGCUGCUGUCGUUAGCCAAGGUCCUCAUUUUGGUGUACGAUGAUAAACAAGCUCUUAGAAUGGGAUGUUACUGGGACGAAUCUACACAGAACGGGGCCAACUUGAAAUCGUACUACAGCAAGAUUCCUGCGGGUAAGAAGGAUUGGUACAAUCUGAAGCAGCAAUUCCGUGUCGCAGCGCCAGACGAUGUCUUGCAAUGGAUCGAUGAGAUCAGCACUGAGGGUGCCAUUCCACAGUACCCGAGAAGCUCUCUGACAGCUGGGCCAGGCGACUUUGAUUUUAAAAUUUGGGAUGAUUGUGGAGCAAUGUACGAAGCUCUUAGAGAGCUAGACGGCAAGGUUGGCCAAUGCAGAAUGCUGGCUACCUACGAUUUCCCCUACAGGUUAGAUGGAAAGGACUAUUUCGUCACUUGUGGGGACAACUUCAAGGUUCGUUGGGACAGGUAUACACCUCGGGAAGUGUUGCCAUGGAGUGAGAGACCGGAUACGAUCGACGAGGUCGGAAGCGUGUAUACCAUUCAAGGGUUCGAUCUCAAUUACGCAGGUGUAAUCCUGGGCAGAUCUGUUGGUUACGACGCAGUGAAGGACUGCAUCCAGUUAAAGCCGGAACUAUACGAUGACCAUGCUGGGUUCACCAAGAAGAAAAACAUCAGCGAUGUGAGCCAUGUUAAAAAUAAGAUUAUAAUGAACAGCAUCAAUGUCCUUUUGACGAGGGGUGUCAAAGGCUUAUAUGUUUACGCCUGGGAUCCUGCGCUGAGAGAGAGACUAAAACAAAGUUGGUUGGAAGCAAGCAACUAA